UCAAACUUCAAAGGCUAACAGGUAAGCCAGUAAGCCCAAUUAAAGCUGGUGUUCCGUUCAUCUUCUUCCCCAAAAUCGCUGCCAGGUCCGAAUCGCUAUGGCUAAAACCUUUCCAAACUUUCUUUUUCUUCUCCUCGUUCCUUCCAUUUUUCUGUGCUCUUUUCCGACUCUUGCUACGCCAAAAUCUAACCAUUUUUCAAGAAUCUUAUCUCCGGCAACACUAGGCCUCAAGAAAGAGAAACUAAGCCACCUUCGCUUCUACUUCCACGACAUAGUUAGUGGGCGAAACGCCACCGCCGUUCCAGUAGCACAAGCAGCGAUGACCAACACCUCCUCAUCGGCAUUUGGACUCAUGACGAUGAUGGACGACCCCUUGACUCUCGAGCCCCACCCCAGCUCCAAGCUCAUAGGAAGAGCACAAGGGAUUUACGCAUCAGCAUCACAAACCGAACUCUGUUUUUUAAUGGUCUUAAACUUCGCCUUCACCGAAGGGAAAUACAACGGUAGCAACCUUAGUGUUUUGGGACGGAACAGUGUAUUCUCCGGCGUUAGAGAGAUGCCGAUAGUGGGCGGAAGCGGGCUUUUCCGGUUUGCUCGUGGGUACGCUCAGGCCAGGACUCAUGAGUUGGACCUGAAGACUGGGGAUGCUGUGGUGGAAUAUAACGUCUAUGUCUUCCAUUAUUGAGUUUUAUUUUCCUUUUUCUUUUGUUCAAUGGCUAAAAAUCCUGCUACUGGGCGUAAAGGGUUAUGCAGUGAAUGCAUGUAUCAGUAUUCAGUAUCAAUUAAUUAAUGAGAUAUUAAAUUCAAAUUUAAUAAAAAUGAAUGAAGAAGAUUAAUUAAAACCUGAAAAUUGAUAAAAAUAGAAAAAAAUAAUUGCAUUUUCAUGAUGGGCCUGGCAGGUCUGGAGGAUAGGGAUGGCUGAUGUUUGUUUUGGUUUAGCUUUUGGUCCAUUGCUGUUACUGCUUUGAUUUUAUUUAUUUACAAAAAGAAAGGAAGUUAAGUUCA